AUGGAUCCCCAUCCUUUUGUUGAUCAUCAGGGAUGUACCGCAGAGGCUCCAUAUAUCAAGAGGCUGCCGACUCCCUGCUCGACAAAUUACAUGGAAUCUCCUCCGGCCAACCUGUCUCAACAUGACAGAAAUGUCAUAUUUGACAAUCUUGACUUGAAUUUCAAUCGUACGCUCUUGGAAUCGUUACUGCAAGGCCUGUAUACCUUUAUCGUAGCAGUCACCUUAUGGACUACACUUUCUUCUCCCAAGAAAUCCGGCAAUGCUUUCCUGCUUACAGUCGUCGUGAUUCUAUACCUUCUCACGACAAUUGCCUUCGGCGUCGACUGGACGUACCAACGGCGGGCGUUUAUCCAGAACGGGGACAACUUUUUCAGUGUCUUUGUUGCGCUGCAAAGCUAUUGGGCCGUGGUGGAGAACGUACCAACUCGUGGGCGGUAUUGGCGGGGGAAUGUGCACGUUAUCGUCGAUAUCACUAUUAUAUGGCGUUGCUGGGUGUUUUGGGGCCGUCGCUGGUGCAUCAUCAUUGUUCCAGCCCUUUGCGCCGUCGCUGGGACGGUUGCGAAGUCCAUGCAAAUCCGCAGUGUUUUCAUCAAUACAACCAACAAUAUUGGCGAAACCGGAGGAUUCGCAGCAGAGAUCAACUGGCCAUUGAUCUAUAUCUCCCUGACACUCGCUACAACACUCCUAUGUACACUCUUAAUCGUGUACAGGAUUGUUCGUCUGGCGUUUGGGGUGAGUUCAUACGGGAAGAUUGUCGAGAUCGUGAUCGAAUCUUCGGCGAUAUACUCACUGGCGCUGAUCGUGUACCUGGCCUUGGUCGCGAGGAAUCUCGAGUCUAGCUAUUACGCCGAUAUCAUUAUGGCAUAUGUCAAGGUUAUCGCGCCUACGCUCCUUGUUGGACGCGUCGCAGCUGGUUCAAAUUCAAACUCUAACAGCCAGACAGUGGUCCAUUCCACAAGGGACCGCAGCUCUGUGCUAAGUCGAUUUUUGGCAAGAAAGCGGGAGACUAUCAUCAUAGGUCAAAAUGUUGAGGACUCCACCACCUCAUUAGGAUCUUAUAGGAAGUCUAUAGUGGAAAGUGUCUGAUAUUGACAAUCUGCGCUGUUCAUAGAGAUUGGGGGGUAACUAUGUUUUCAUAUAUUAAGUAGAGCCAUGGACUGCAUAAGUUAUUCGUUCUGAAUAUUAGUUGUAAUAUGAUAAGUUGUCCGUAUCAUAGGCGC